UGACUAAGUCAGAUAGCGUGGAAACUACGGGGAAGUUGUUUUAGCCUUCGCUCUAAAGUUAGGCUGGUGCGUCUACCUGUCGCCAGGGCAACGCACUUUUUUUUCGUCGUUAUGCUUUGAACAUGCCGAUAAAUUGUGUUUUAGUCAUGAAAUGUUUCACCUAAGAAUGACAACGUUACAUUUUUUCCAUUUCAACUUCCAUUUUCAAAUUUACAGUAUUAUUCAGUAAAUCUAUGGAUGGUUAUAGAUAAGGACUACAAAAGACCUUAUUGCACGAUAUACCCGCUCUGAUGGACGACUACGAUGUGGUGCGUCCGAUCGGAGAGGGGGCGUUCGGAAAGGCCUUCUUGGUGCGAUCCAAGGCCAUCGGUGAUGAUGAAGACGACGCGUUAUGUGUGGUCAAAAUGAUCAACAUGGCGAAGAUGUCAAGCAGGGAGAAGGAAGCAGCGAGGAAGGAGGUGGCGCUCUUGUCCAACAUGGGACAUCCCAAUAUUGUCGCCUUCAUCCGCUCCUUCCAAGACAGGGGCACCCUGUGCAUCGUGAUGGAGUAUUGCGACGGAGGAGAUCUGAUGAUGAAGAUCAACAUGCAGAGAGGAGUCUUCUUUACUGAGCAGCAGAUCCUGGCCUGGUUUGUUCAGAUCUGCCUGGGCCUCAAACACAUCCAUGACAAGAAGAUCCUCCACAGAGACAUUAAAAGUCAGAACAUUUUCCUGACGGAGCGAGGUGUUAAGGUGAAGCUGGGCGACUUUGGCAUUGCCAGGAUGUUGAGUCACACUCUGGAACUGGCCAGGACCUGUGUGGGGACCCCUCUGUACCUAUCACCAGAGAUCUGCGAGAGUCGACCCUACAACAACAAAACGGACGUCUGGUCUGGCUGCGUCCUCUAUGAACUCUGCACUCUGAGGCACCCAUUUGAGGGGACCAGCCUGAGUCAGUUGGUCAGCAAGAUCUGCAGAGGGCGCUACAAGCCCGUGUCCGUGCGUUACUCCUAUGACCUUCGCCUGCUCAUCACGCAACUCUUCAAGAUCAAUCCUCGGGAUCGUCCCUCUGUCACUUCUGUACUUCAGCGUACUUUCCUCAACAAACACACCCAGGAGAUUAGUCACAAUAACUACACGCCAACUACCCACGCCUGUAAAACAACACCAGAAAAGAAGAACAAAUGCAAAGUGGCAUUAAAGAAAAUUCCUGUCAAGCCAGAUUGGAGAGUGUGCACACCUGCUAACUACAUGCACCACAGAGCAGGACAACUUCCUCAACCUGCAGCAGGAGAUGCCAUGGGGGAUCACCACCAAAAGAUUGGACAGUACCAGCAAUAUUUCGUCCAGUUAGAUGCCUUCCACAGGGAAGACGUCCCUCCUCCUCCAGCACCACAUCUUCAUCAUCCUCUUCCUCCCUGUGAGGGGUGUGAAGAGGAUGUCGCUCCUCCGGUUGAACCUUACCAGCUGGUGGUAGCAGCUCGUGAGGAGUACCUUCAGAGGAGGCAGGAGGCCAACCAGUACAAGUUGAGAGCAGAGAAACAGCUGGGUCUGCGUCCGAGCACGGCGGAGGGCUGCAGGCCGGCCGGCGGAUGCGACGGCGACGUGCGACCAUGUGAAUCCCAGCAUGCACCUCCAGGCACGAAGCAGGACAGCCAGCGGGAGUACCUGAGGCAACUGGAUGUCAUCAGACAACAAUAUCAUCAGGAGAUGAAACAGAUAAGGUUAAGAGCUGAGGCAGAGCAGCCACACAAAUAUGAUAUGUUUGUCCUGGAAAAAGAAGCAGAACCUUCUACUUCACACACAAAAGAACAACACCAAGUUCAACUUGGGCAGGACAUGGAAGAGGCUUUGAUGAAGACCAGGGUGGACAACCGAAAACAGAGUAGAGACCUGAAGAGUAAACACAAGAACCAGAAGGGAAUCAUGUUUGAGAUUCGUCUGGAUGAUGUGAAGGACACCUCGGAGGAGGAUGACGAGGAGAAGCCGGAGGAGGAAAGCCGACUGGGACCCGACUGUCAGAAACAUAUGGUCCAAUCACAGGAGGGUGAGGAAACCGAGCACGAUGACUGGGCCAAGCCAAGGAGGGUAUGGAGCCAGGGACCACCAAAGACACUGAUGGAGGCUCUGGUGUGCAUGGAGUACGACACAACGCUGGAUGGUGAGGAGGGGAAGGCAGAGGAGGAAGCUCGCCGGCAAUGGGUCUCAGGACCACCCAAGUCCUUACUGGAUGCCCUGGCUGAGGCCAGGCUUAUGUCAUCGACUGCAGACUUGCAGAGCGCAGCCCCUGUAGGGAAGGAUGAGGAGGAAACCUCAGACAUGGAGAUGGACCAAGAGGUCCUGGACUCCAGGUCAGACGAUGACACGAACUUUGAGGAGUCGGAUGACGAAGAGAGGGAGGCACUGUCUGAUUCCAUGGGGAACUUGUUUGUUGCUGAGGAUGCCUCAACUGUUAACUCAGAGACGGAAGUUCCAGAUGGAACAGUGGUGGUGGAAGAAGGGGCUCCAGGAGAAUCCCUGGCAUGAACUCGCAACAGACUCAUAAUCAAUUUUAGUCUUAGUCUUUAUUUGGACAACAAGCAGUAUUCUAUUAGUGUAAGCAGAAAAAUGAUGGAAAAACCGAUCCGAGGUGGUCUCCUCACUGCCAUUAAAAUCUUUGCAGUUAACAGCCCCCACAGUUGUUUUACUUGGGUCGAUGUAAUUUCCUGUGUGUGUGUUUACAAAACUAAUUUCAAACCUUAACCCUGGUUUAAAAACUCAUUUUCAAUCCCUAAACUUUCUCUGAAACCACAAACCUGAAUGGAAACGUUAUUUUGAAAACCCAAUAAGAAACCCAGAGAUUUGUCUGUAGCCUUGCCUUAGGGAACUAACCUGAAACUCAAAUUUGAGACUUUUGUUUGUCUGAAACUCCUACUUGAAUGCUAAAUAAAUACAUUUAAAACCGG